CAAUGAGAACACGAGGCGCUGGACGGUUGUUAGGCACGGGAGGUCGGCGCAUGGCUGACGCGGUACUGUUCGAGUUUCUGCACACGGAAAUGGUAGCGGAGCUGUGGGCUCAAGAUCCGGACCCCGGUCCCGGGGGACAGAAAGUGAGCCUGUCGGUCCUGGAGGGCAUGGGCUUCCGCGUGGGCCAGGCCCUGGGCGAGAGGCUGCCCCGGGAGACGCUAGCCUUCAGGGAGGAGCUGGACGUCCUCAAGUUCCUAUGCAAAGAUGUGUGGGCGGCCGUGUUCCAGAAGCAGAUGGACAGCCUGCGCACCAAUCACCAGGGAACCUACGUCCUGCAGGACAACAGCUUUCCCCUUCUCAUCCGGAUGGCCUCGGGCCUGCAGUACCUGGAGGAAGCGCCCAAGUUCCUGGCCUUCACCUGCGGCCUCCUACGUGGCACCCUCAGCACCCUGGGCAUCAAGAGCCUGGUCACCGCCUCCGUGGCAGCCCUGCCCGCCUGUAAGUUCCAGGUGGUGAUCCAGAGAUCCUGAGGGAGCCCCAGGCCCCACCCCCAGCCGAGCCUCACGCCACCCCAUCCCGAGGACCCAGCUGCUGCCCGUGCUGGUGGCUGGUGCUGGGGAGACGGGGUCCCACCGCUUCAGGGCCUCACAAGCGCUCAACAAAUGGGUGUCAUAGGGAGGUGGGGGUGUCCCAGGGGCAAGGUGGGCCCCGCCCCAGUCGGGGCUGGUGUGGAGGGAGCCCGCAUCGGACACGUCCCUCCGCACGGCAGGUGCUCAAUAAAGGUUCUGUACGUGGGACCAGAUUCCAAGUGGAAGGUGGGGGUCACGCAGAGUGCUGGGGGCAGGGUCAUCUGCAAAGGGACUGUUUGUGUCACAGGUCCUGCGGGGGAAGCAGGCUACCCUGUGUGGCUCCCCAUCCCGCAUUUCCUCCUCUCCUGGGCCCCCUCCUCCCCAGCCUCAGCCCUGGAGCGUGCCGCCUCCUGCCCUGCACACCUGGCAGGGGAGGGUGGCCCCUGGCGCUGGCACCCUUGCCAGCAUCAAGUCUGGGGCUGCUGUCUUCCCAGCCGGGCCCACAGAAUGGACCUCUCCCUAGGAGCAGGGCCAAGGGCCCCCAGGGUACUGGCAGGGGUGGGUUGGGCUGGGGCUGCCAGGGCCAAGGAUGGAUUCAGGUGA